AUGUUGCAAUUCCUAGUUUGUACUGCUUUUCUACUGACCGUUGACGCUGUCGUUCGAUGGGAAGAACGCACUCUCAAAUGUGAUGCCGAUGACUGCCAACUUGCGAUACGAAAUAACACCUUCAAAGCGGCUGAAUGUACAUUAAACGCUGAUUCUCGACACAUAUGCAACAUCGAAUGUGAAGGUGCGGAUCGUGAUUCAGUCAUUUCGAAGAGUCCCACAACGAAUCGACGCUGUAUAAGAAAUCUCGGUCGCGCACAACAAGAACUUAUGAAAGGUUGUGAGGAUAUCGAGGGAAUAGAGCUAGCUCUCUGCAUUGUGGAUCGUUACGCUUCGGAUCUGCAGACGAAACAAAAUGAACGCUUGACUCGACUAAAGAGCAUGGCGGUAACGAGGAAAGAUGAGAGCGAUUUUUUCAAGAACGACGAGCCCAUUAAAGGUAUGAUUAAUAGAAAAGGAGAAAAUGCCUUCGGAAGACAAAGGCAGAAGUGGAGAAAACAGCAGUUUGGAGUUAAUUUUUCAAAUGCCUACCGUACAAGAAGACGACACAAUUACGACAGCAGUUUGUUGGAACGAUAA